CAGUGCAGGGGUCAGGGGUCAUGUUCAAAAACGUGGAAGUCACGCUUCACAAAGACGGGAACAGCUUCGGCUUCGUCAUCCGAGGCGGGGCGACUGAAGACAGGAACAAGGCACGGCCGAUCGUCAUAACAACCAUCAGACACGGCGGACCCGCUGACAGGGAAGGCACGGUGAAGCCCGGCGACAGGUUGCUAAGCAUCGAUGGUAUCCGUCUCCAUGGCAGCAGUCUGUCGGAGGCCAUGAGCAUCCUGAAGCAGUGCGGACAGGAAGCCACGCUGCUGCUGGAGUACGACGUCUCAAUCAUGGACUCCGUUGCCACGGCGUCCGGCCCGUUGCUGGUUGAGGUUGCCAAGGCGACGGGCUCCAGUCUGGGCGUGGCUCUGUCCACCUCCAUAUUCUGCAGCAAACAGGUGAUCGUCAUCGACAAGGUGAAGCCCGCCAGCAUCGCAGACAGGUGUGGUGCUCUGCAUGCAGGAGAUCACAUCCUGUCUGUAGACGGGAAGUCGAUGGAGUUUUGUUCUCUGGCCGAAGCCACUCAGCUGCUCUCUGCUUCCUGUCAGACCGUCCGGAUGGAGAUCCUCCCGCAGCACCAAGCCCGCCCGGCCCUGAACGCACCGCAGCACGGUACAACACCACACAAAAAGAUCCUUUUUAACCCUCUUUAUUCCACACUCAGCAUGUGUGCUACCAUCAUGUCCGGUUCCACGCUCAGUCUGAACCACGACCCGACCCCUCUACGCAGCACUCUGGGACGCCAGGCCAGCUUCCAGGAGCGAAGCAACUCCAAGCCAUCGGUAAACUCUCGGUCCAACACCUUGCCCUCUGACCCCACGCGCCGAGCCUUCGCCAUGAGGAAGAUGAGGCAGGAAGUCAACGAGAUCCUAAACCAGAACCCUGUGGAGCUCCACAAGCUGACUCUAGAAAAAGCCACAGAUCUGGAAGAUUUUGGGUUCAGUGUUUCUGACGGCAUGUUGGACCGCGGCGUCUACGUGAACAACAUCCGACCGGGAGGACCAGCAGAGUGCGGCGGCCUCCGAGCUUACGAUCGGAUACUACAGAUUAACCACGUUCGGACUCGGGACUUCGACUGCUGCCUCGUGGUUCCUCUGAUCGCAGAGUCUCCGAACCAUCUGGAGCUCGUCAUCAGCCGAAACCCGACUUCCUCAUCCACCACGCUGUUGACCAAUCACACUGACGGCAUCAACAACAGCGGCCACUCCCCUCAGCCAAUCGGCAGCGACCUCGGACCUUUCGAGCUCUCCAUUGGCCAGUUGGAGGACGGCGGUCCAAUCAAGUGGAGCCAACCGGGGGACAUGUUGGUGGCGGGGCUCGGGAUGGGUCAGGUCAAUAAUAAUUCCGUAUAGCAGACAAACAAUGGAUUAAAUUAACCAGAUUGGACUGGAGAGUUCAACAAAACAGCAAAAUGACUGGUUUUGACCCGUCCAAACUGGUUUAGAGUACCCUAUGGUGCUACAAACACCCUCUGGAUGACCUUUGAACUGUUGAGGCGGCCUGAAAGCACACUGAUGGACCGGAGCAACUCCUCACCUUUUCACAAGAACCAGUUCUGCAUACUGGUUCUUUAUUACUGGAGUCACUGGAGCCAGAACUAUAACUACUGAUCCUACUGGAACCACUAUGAGAGAGCUACUGGUCUGACUGGUCCGACAUUAAUGGGUACUCGAGUCAUGGAUACUGAUUCUAUUAAAGCCAAUGGUUUUACUGGUUUUAGAUUAAUGGUUACUGGUCCAACUGAAGCCAGAGCCACAGCCAAUUAAUGGUCCUACUGGCCAAGACACAUCGGCUCUGGUCUUAUGGUGAGUUCACACCAAAUGCAGAGCUGAUGAACAUUGGGUAAACUGGCAAAAAAUGGGAAGGCAAUUGGUUUUAACUCGGCAUAAGUGUGAACAAAACCAAUCUGAAGCCAAAAUGAUUGGUCUUUUUUGUGUAGAAGACUCAGGUUCUGGUCUGAGUGGUGAAAGCAUCACGAGUUCUGGCGCAACUGGUCCAAGACAUGGUUUUUAUGGUCAAAGAAUCAUGUGUACCAAGCAAGAUCCAUGAUACUGUGUUUACAAGUCAAGAACUGGGUCUUCUGGGCCAUCUGGUCUUACUAGAAUCAGAACCAUGGCUCUAAUGGUUGUACUGGCCAAGGACCACAGCAGCACAAAGACUGAUGGGAACCAGAACCUGCUGAUGGACACACGGGUUGCCAUGUAGACGAGGGACGCUCCGAUCUAGAGCCAUGUCAUUGGGAUAAUCCAAACCGUACUGAUUACUGACUGGUUUCUGGUCUUAAAGGUUCAUUUAUGUCAACUUUAUAGGUAUACAUAUCUAUAUUUGGCUCAGUGUGUUGGGUUUAGGCGCACAAUUAAAACUAGUGAUGGUUAAAUACAAGUCUGAAAAUGGACAAAUGCAAAUAUAAUAUUGAAAAUGUUGGUUUAAAGAUAAGGACUAAGGACUUGGAUGGUGUUAGGUGGGGUUUAGGUGUAGUUCAGUUUGUUCUAAUAGAAAAAAUACCCAUUAGCUUUUAGCAUGCCGCACAGAUAUAGCACCAUUCAGUCCUUAAGUAAUAUUAACAAAAAAUUCCCUACAUUCCUUAGAUUUUCAAAAAAAGGGAUACAUGAAAAUAUGAAAGGACUGAAGCUGCCAUCAUAAUAAUGUCUUAAUUAUUAAAUAAAUUAAAUUAUAAAGGAACGGGGAAAAAAAGUAAAUGUGUUAGUUCGUCCAAUUAUUUAUUGCAUUGGCAGCUUUAGUACCUCAUGGACCUUCAUACGAUAUUGAUUUUGGCCAAAUUAAGACUCAAUCAUGUUUUUUGCCUUAAUUAUGGACGUAUUUAAAAAAGCCCUAGUGGUCAAACAGAUAAUGAUAGCACACUUCAAUGUUUUUUUUAUUAUUAUUCUAUUUUAAGACUAGAAUCCAGUCAGUAAUGAUCAGGUGUUUUAUAUCGGGGCGUCCCUGAUGAAAUGUACAGAAAGACACUUAAGAUUUUAGUUCUGUGCCAUGAGCUGCAGACAGUAAUAAUAAUAAUCCUGAAUAAUGACACUGAGCAGAUCAAUAAGAAACCUUUUCUACUGUUUACACCUGUUGGACUGGCCACACUGUGUGUAUGUAUGUGUGUGUGUGUUUGUAUGUGUGUGUGUGUGUGUGUGUGUGUGUGUGUGUGUGUGU